UCCAGGUAUUGUUAACCCUUCCUAUCAUAGUCCACAACCUACGUAUACGAUGGCUAGCCCUAAUCAACAACACAACAGUCAAUUGUUGAUGAUCCAGCAACAACAGCAAGCCCAACAACAACAACAACAACAACAGCAGCAACAACAGCAACAAAACCAUCAACAGCACCAGCAACAACAGCAGAUGAUGAUGAGCCAUGGGCAACCUCCUCCUAAUAAUAUGGGUCCUUAUGGUACGUCGCCACCUCAGCGAGGUGGGAAUAGCCCUCCAGCUGCAACGGGACAAGAACCAACCACAAGUGAAGAUAGCGAUGAUAGUACACCUCAUUCAGCCAUGUUAUCGGGAAUCAAAAGGCCAUCUCCUGAACCGGCGGACCAAGCUCUAACUAAAGUUCAGAAGAAGCCGAAGGUGCAGAAAAAGAAAAAGAAGAGAGAUCCAAACGAACCACAAAAGAAUGUUUUUUCCAGGCCCGUCUCUGCGUACGCACUAUUCUUUCGGGACACCCAGGCAGCUAUCAAAGGACAAAAUCCUAACGCCAGUUUCGGAGAAGUUUCUAAAAUUGUUGCAUCCAUGUGGGAUUCUUUAGAUUCCGAACACAAAAAUGUUUACAAAAAGAAAACUGAGGCAGCUAAGAAGGAGUAUUUGAAAGCUUUGGCAGCUUAUAGGGCAAGUCUUGUUUCUAAAGGAGCCAGUGAAAAUGAAAAUAUGUACGGUAAUUAUGGCAACUAUGGGGGAGGUGCCCCACAACCUCCUCAAUAUAACGCGUACUCUCCCCAAAACGCUCUUCCUUCACCCCCAAUGUCUUCAGCACCUACUCCUCCCACUUCCCAACAAUCGACGAUGAGUAAGAGGGGGCCACCCAUGAUGAGUAAUAUGACCAGCCAACAACCCCAGCAACAUCAGGGAAUGAUGCCGUCACCUAUGCAAUCUCCUAUGGGACACGUGCCAAAUCACAUGAAUAUGCAACAGCACGUGGCACAACAACACAACAACAGCUAUAUGCAACAGGUGACCCAACAACAAGUAAAUCAGCACCCUCCACACAUGCAGCAUGUAAGUCCUCCUCCUAUGGUGUCCAGUUCUUCCCCAGUAUCGUCCACAGGACCACCACCCCAAUCAUCAGUUUCUCAACAAAACAUAGGACAACCAGGAAUGCGCCCCAAUUCAUGCAUACGUCAUGGAUGUACUAAUCCAGCCAUAUCCAAUCCAGAGUGGGAAGAUGAGUAUUGCAGUAACGAAUGUGUUGUCAGUCAUUGCCGGGAUGUCUUCACAACUUGGGUUGCAAACAAUCAAAAUCAGUCACAGAAUUAUUCAACGGUUAAGUAAGCUAACUUUGUGAAUUUGUAUCCUUCAAACUGUAGCAAUACAAGACGUAAGUUAUAUAAAAUAAAUGGGUGGUGACUGCAAGUCUACAAGGAGAGAGAGAAGGAAGGCAGAGAGAAUGUGAGAGAGGCAGCAGUGUGGUGUGUUACGGUUUAAGAGUUAUGUAAAUAAUAAGAAGUAAUCACUUAGGAUGGGAUUGUAUUGUGAAGCAAUAGCAGCAAUAUAAUUUCAUGGAUCUUUUAGGUAUUAAUGACAUGUUUACUCCUAGAAUAAUAGUAAUAAUGAAGACAUGUAUUAUACAUUUGUUAAACAUGCGCUGUAAUUGCAUGUAAUCUCUUAAGCGUAGUUAGAUAGUUAAGUACAUUUAUCAAAAUAUUACUUAAUUUCUUCAUUUCUUAUAUUAGAUAGUAUUUGUUGUUAAACGAAAAUUUUUGAGAAAAUCAAGCUAUAGCUAAUAAUUAUCAGAAGGAGUUUGGUUUUAGUUCCUUUUUAGCUAAUUUUUUUUUAAUGUUAGUGCAAAGGAAGACGAAGAAUAUGUUUUUUCAAAUAGAAACUAAAGUGCAAUUCAGUGUUUUCAAAAUUAAUUAAAUUAAUUAAUAUAAUUCAUUUGUGAAAGGAACCAUAAUCUUCCCAUCAUGCUUUACUUUGCAACGAUGUGUUGGCAAAUGCAAUGUUUUUUAAUUAAUUACUUUCUGUAAAUAUAAACAAAAAAAUUGUUAAUAUGUUGAAUUGAAUUUGAAAUCAUAUGCAUGUAAAGUUAAAUUGCAACAGUUAAAAGGUUUGUAAAGAGUUGAUAAAUUGAGUCUAUGCAAGGAAAAAAUGGAAAACUUGGAAUUUUAUUGCUAUCGCUUUCAAAUUCAACGAGAUUUCUUUUAGUACGAGCUUUAAAUCGCUAAGUACAACUUUUUUUUAUUAGACUGUAAAUAUUCAUAUUUUAUCUUGGCAAGCACACUACCUAUUCUAUGUAAUCGAUAUUUAAAAUAAAUAGAUUCUAUCAAAAUA